AUGGACGACACCAACAUGCUGGACGACUGGGACGGCAACACUCAAGGUGUGGCAACGUUCCCAUCGCAAGAGCUUCGUGGUGGUGUACAAUCCGUGGAUCAAGAAGGCGGCCCUUGUGCGACGCCCAUGGGUCCUCCUGGUGAGCACAUUCCAGCAGGUGCUCAUCUCGACCCGUGGGCCCAGAGCUCUCUGCAAGAGUUCAAGGACCAAGCGCUCAAAGAGUUCGCGGCGAAAGCCAUGGCCCCCCUCAACGAGACCCUCCCGUGUGCGCUGGUCAAGGCCACGGGUCCCCUCCUCAACCAGUACGAGGAGAAGUUCAAUCAACAUAUUCGUCUUCUUCGUCAGGACCUCGACAGGCAGUCCCAGCGUGUCAACACGGUCGAGACAAAGUUCGCGGCCAUGGAGGAAAGGCUUGCCCACCUUGAGCGCGAGCUCGACUUGGCGAAAGCCAAACCUCGCAACCUCCCGAUUGCCUCCGCCGGCUGGGACGGAGAGGCCCAGACUGCCCUGCGCCUUCCAUCUGGACAGUGGAGGUCCUUCCACAUCCAGCUCGUCACGAAGAACAUCCCCUUGUACGUCUCGACCGAUAAGAAUCGGAAGGAGAUUGCCACGGAGAUGGCGUGCAAGAAGCUGCGGCGUGCUAUUUCAGAUGAAUACGGAGUCACGACCUUCAUCGAUCGCGAAG